UUCAACUACCAUUCGCAUAUAUCUUUGACCUUCAGUGGGAGGGGACGAGCAAGCAUGGCAGCUGGAGUGCUUACGAAAGGUUUGUGUGGGUUCCGCCAGCCCCGGAUUGUUGCAGCCGGAUCCUCCUGUAGUAGACUGCUCUAUGCGACUGCUGCAGCAGUCAAAACACUCCCUUUGCAAACUGACAGCACAGCUGUCACUGGAAAGAUCCAGAACCUGCCUCUUGAAACGCCAGAUUUCUUCCGCUUGUCAGAACUCUUCUCCUUGAAAGAUCUAUUUGAUGCCAGAGUGCACCUUGGACACAAGAAAGGUUGCAGACACAGGCUGAUGGAGCCCUACCUGUUCGGCAGUCGUCUGGACCAGGACAUCAUCGACCUGGACCAGACAGUGGAGCACCUCAAGAGCGCCCUGAACUUCACCGCCCACAUCGCCUACCGCGGCGGCGUCAUCCUCUUCGUCUCCCGCCGCCGCCAGUUCGGCCACCUGGUGGAGAGCACGGCAGGGGACUGCGGAGAAUAUGCCCACACACGCUACUGGCAAGGUGGUCUGCUCACCAACGCCCCCAUCCAGUACGGUUCGGGGGUCCGGCUGCCUGACCUCAUCGUCUUCCUCUCAACGCUCAACAACGUCUUCCAGCAGCAUGUGGGGGUCCGCGAUGCGGCCAAGAUGAAUAUACCCACAGUGGGGGUGGUGGACUCUAACUGCAACCCCAGCCUGGUGACAUACCCGGUGCCUGGGAAUGAUGACACACCGGCCGCCAUGGAGCUGUACUGCCGCCUCUUCAAGAUGACCAUCAACAGGGCCAAGGACAAGAGAAGGCAGAUGGCGCUGCUGCAGGGUCUAUCGCCAGCAGGCCUCACACCGGGCUCCUCGUGAGAGGCCUGGUGGAAUUAAUGAAGGGCCCCUGUUUGAGUUCUUUGAAAAUGCAUUCUUCCAUUUUUACUCUCUUCCUUGAAGUAAACCCUGAUCUUAAAUGAUGGGAUAGGGGAAAUCUCUGCCUUUUGGCUAAGAUCAAGUGUAGUAUUUGAAAGCAAGUGUUCCACUUCAUAGUUUGCCCCAACAUAUGUUAUUGGUCAGGUGUAGCGAAGUGCUUGUGUUCCUAGCUUCAACAGUGCAGUAGUGUCUAACAGUUCACAACAAUACACACAUCUCAAAGUAAAAGAA